GCAAAUGUACAGAUAAGCAGGUGUUAAAUAUACUUCUGAAUAAAGUUGUAUUUACUCUUCAAUUUGAUGAUUAUAAACUGUCAAACUUUAUUCCGACAUUCAUAAAGGUGUUUUCCAAAGUAGGAGGAUCACUGGCUUGGUGAAAAGGCCACAAGUGUAACAUUAGAAAACUUUUCAAGGGUUAUACCUCUCAUCAACAAUGGUCAUAACAGAUUUGCCGUUUGACCGGUCUGCUCAAAAGCAGCCGGUAAUGCAGAAUCGUUACCAGGUAAUUGAACGUCAUGAACCUAUGGAUAGUGGAGAUGAAGAAGCUGCGGAAGAGAGUAAAGCAUAUGCAUCAUUUCUCAAGGAACAAGAGCGGAAAUGUAGCAAAAAUGGAUUUCUUGACUCCUCAAAAUAUACACAUUCAUAUGAAGUAAAGAAAAACAAGGAAAAGAUGGGCUCACCCAGGAGAACCAUGGAGUCUGAUUCCCUUAGUAAACCAUUCACUGUUGUUGACCUGAAAGCUAAAAUUGAAAAAGAUAAAAAGGAUUAUGAGAAAAGGAUGAGGCAUAUUGAGGAUCACAUGUGGCAACACAAACAGGAAGAACGUGAGCUGAAACGUGUCGAGGGUGACGUCAUAAAAAAUCAGCGAACUUUACGUCAGUCUUUACGUGAAGUAGAGCAAGAGAUCACAAAGAAACGAAUGGCAGAAGAGCGUAAACUUAACAUAGGGCUAGAAAAAUAUGCAGUUCUUCAAAGAGUUAAUGCUCAUAAGAAAGAAGAUACAAUGAAGAAGCGCACAGACAACAAUAUCCAAAAAGAGGUUGAAGCAAGGUCAAAAGGUCGCAAAGUUCAUUUGAAUACAUCUGACCUUGCCAGGCAGUAUCGUACAAAGAAAAGUGAAAUUGAACUGAAAAGAAUCGAAGCUGAUCGCAUAAGUCAGGAAUUUGAAACUAAAAUGAGACAGAAAGAGGCUGAACAAUUCAAACUGAAGCAAGAACUGGCUGAGUUAGCCAUUGGUCUCAAUAUGGAAUCCAUGAAAGGCAGAACUGAAGACCAUACACAUAAACAGGAGAGAGGCAAGAAUGCUAUUUCAAAUAUCCGAGAUGACCUUGAACAUAACAAAUCAUUGGAGAACAAACUUGGCAAGAGUGAUGGAGAUACAAAGGGUGCCGAAAUGCAGAGGAGAAAACUGAGUGCUGACUUGUCACUUAAUCGAGGCAACAAUAAUCUGAAACAGAGAGAAGAGGGCCGUAGAAAGUUGGAUACCAAGAAUCGUAUUGAGGACAAUUCUGAAGUUCAACGUCAACUGAAUGAGGCGGCUGCAAUAGCUGAGACUGAGCGCAAAGAAAAAGCACUUCAGCAAAAACUGCAGGAACAUGAAAAUAGAAAAAAUCGCAGAAUUCGAGCACACGUCGCAGAAAAGAAAGAUCGGGAUGAGAAGAAUGAAACGCAUUGGGCAUCAAAGUUCCAAGGUCGGUUGCUCGAUACACAAAGGCGAGAACACGAAGAUCAUCUCAAACAUUUUACGAAAACUGUCACCAAAGGAGAAGAAAUAGAGCAUGACUUAUACCAAAAAGUACGCAAUUCAGAAUAUUCCCGCCAAAAACGAGAACAGGAAGUACGUAGGCUUCAGUUGAAACUGGAGGACACAAAACGGAAUAAUGCAAUAAAAAUCAAGAAUGAGAUCGCAGAUGCUUAUAAACAAGAGACAACAAUGACACAGAAAUUAGUCAGACAAAAAGCAGAGUUAGCCAAGGUUCAUGCUCAAAGGGAGGAAAGUUAUAUAACCCUGCAGAAACACAGAGACUUUUUGAGGGAGGACAAACACUUGAAGGAAGAGCAUGAACGAGAGCAUGCUAGACUUUUACGACUAGGCAACAAAUCAGACCAUUAUCUUACUUCAUCUGCGUGAUCAGGUUUGAGGUGAUUCUUACGGAGAUGAGGUUAUAUGGAGAUUGGGAAAAAUUACAUCAUCUGAGAAUCUAUUUUGUGUCACGUGAGAAUCAUAUUGUGUGAGGAUCACAUCAUGUGAUAAUCACAUUGUGUGAGGAUCACAUCAUGUGAUAAUCACAUUGUAUGAGGAUCACAUCAUGUGAUAAU